AACGAUACGCUGCACGUAGACUUGCAGUUAUACUUCUAACGAACUCCUGUUACAAUGGUGCUACACGGUCUCGUUCCAAAACCCCUUCCCGCCGGCGACUUCGUUGUUGGCCAGCUACUCGUACACCCUCUCCACCCCGAGCGAGACUCCUUCUACCCCGACAAGGCCCACGCAGAGGUCGACGACCUCAACGACUUCCACAUUCAGCUUCGCUAUAAGGACAUCUUCUCGGUCGAUACCGAGGGUCGCUUCCUGACAAAUUAUGGCGCAAAGUUCGAUCUCGGAAAGAUAUACAGGCAGCCGAACCUGCUGACGGUUAAGGCGGAGCAGAUGAUCCAGCGCAACAGCCAAUACCCCUCGCAGGCAUUCCAAGCUGUAUGUAAUGACCCAGAAGCUAGGACUUGGAUAUACGAGCAGGUCAAGGCGGGCAAACCGCUGUAUGUCAUUCUCGGCCUCACAGAGCUGAAGAAUGCUGUCUUCAAACGCGCCAAACUUCACGACUCAGGCGCGUCGAAACGUCUCAACGAGAUGCCGAUCGAGAGAGACGCCAAAGUCCCUAGAACUCUGCGCGGCAGAUCAGAGUCGAACCUUGGGGGACUAGGUACCGAACCACAUAUAUCUGGCGUGUUUGGUAUGGAUGUGAGACGCGUGCAGGCGAGGGUCACUACUCCUGCGGAGCCUCAUGCUCUGGAAGAUCUAAAAUAUCGAUGGAUUUAUUAUGAUGUUCCGAACAGCGCGAACAAGGAGCAGCUUAUGAUUGGCCUGGGCGAGGAGCUCAAGGCUAAUGAUCUUCGCCUGAUGCUUGAUCUGAGCGAGGAGGAUGUGCAGGGGAACCUCGACGCCAUAAGCCAGCUCAGCCUUGAUGCGAUGAGCGCUGCUGCGAGCCCGAUGUUACGCCCCAGCGAGCCAGCGCUGCGAGGACGCUCACCUUCUCCCAACCCGGCGAUGCUACGACACCUUUCCUAGAGCUACCUUCUUUCCACCACGAGUCGACCGUCGCGUGAACUACGAGCAACAUGAAAAUACAGCUGGCAUGAGCAUGCGAGUUCAAAAUACAUCAUAGACUUGACAGCAUUCCUGCGACGAUAUAUCAUCAAUAUUACGGCCUAUCUACACAGUUUCUAUACCCUUCGAGUAUGUUUAAGUAAUACAUCUUGAGCUUCGCACACUUUCAUACGCAUUCAAUCUCUGCUCUUCCACUUGGCAUGCACCGCAAACUUUCGGUUUCCAAUUGCAAUUGCUGGCAUCUAGUGUGUAUUUCAAAUGUUUGCUGUUCCCCCAUAGUUCAACGCCCCAUAGCAUUCGGCCACUACUGCCCGUCCAUGCGUCAACUAAUGGGGAUGCUCCACACUCAUGCCGAUCGUUACCCCA